CCGGCUGCGGUCCUACAACUGUCUCCCUCUCCUCGGCCGCAGAGACCCCCCCAGUGCAUUCGUCCGGUGGGCUCUCUGAGGAGUUCAUCUAAACUUUGCUGGCGGCCGUAAAUACACUCCCUGCGGACUGAGCGAUGGCCGGAGCGAUGGGACCCAAGCGGCAGGACACCCGGAAAUUUUUCGAGAAUCUGUCUGGCGCUGGAAAAUCCAUCGCAGUGCUGACCAGCGGCGGAGAUGCUCAAGGUAUGAAUGGAGCUGUCCGGGCCGUCGUCCGAAUGGGCAUUUAUGUAGGAGCCAAAGUCUACUUUAUUCACGAGGGGUACCAGGGGAUGGUAGACGGUGGAGACAACAUCAUAGAGGCGACGUGGGAAAGUGUCUCUAGUGUUCUGCAAGUG